CGUCGCCCACCGGAAUCCCACCAGCAUCGGCCCCAUCACCUGUUCCUUCGACCAUCGCCGCACUACCCAGUUCCUUUUGGCCUGCUAAGCCGGGCGUCUGUCACUAGCCUCCAGCGAGACAGAAGGCAGCCGCCAUGUCGCUCCAGGCGGCAGCAGACGUGCCCCUCCUCAUCAGCUCGCCCAACUCAUCGUCGGAGCGCCGCAUAUCGCCGUCAUGGACCAUAGCGCACCUCAAAACGCGCCUUGAACCCAUCACCGGCGUGCCGGCCGGCAGCCAGCAGCUAACGUUGCGCGUUGGCUCCCAGGAUGGCAUCGCAAUCUCUGCUGCUGAUGAAGAGCAGACACAGCUGGCCGCCUUCCCUCUGCAGCCGUAUGCGGAGAUCACCGUUGGCGACACGCGCCCACCUUCUGCGCGCACGGAUUUCUCAGAUCUGUCAUCCGUGCCGAAGUACACAUUGCCGAGUGCUGAGUAUGAAACCCGGACGGACAGCGUUCUAGCGUGGAAGAAGGCUCAGCAGCUGGGCCGGUUCGACCCGGAUGCGCCGAGCCUCGAACAACAGAAGAUUCGUGCCUCGGAACGCGAAAUCGAAGAGAGAGGUCUUACGCUUUCGGCCCGCGUUCGCCUCCUCCCCGAGUCAGACGCCCGGCGAGGAACAAUAUCCUACAUUGGCCCUGUCCCGGAGAUCCCGGGCAUAGGCUCGUGGAUUGGUAUCACGCUGGACGAGCCUACCGGCAAGAACGACGGGUCGGUGAAGGGCAAAAAGUACUUCGAGUGUGGCAAGAACUGCGGCGUCUUCGUUCGGCCCGAGCGAUGCGAAUCGGGCGACUUCCCGCCGCUGGACAUCGGCGAUGAGGAUAUGGAGGAGUUGUAAAUCACACGAAAAUAUGGGCAUGAGCGGGAUGCA